AUGAACAGAAGUCUACUGGUACUUAUAUCUCUUACUAAAAAAAGAAGCGCAAAUCUUCGAUGUUGUCAUCAAAAAUUCACUAGCAUGUUAACAUCUGCUAAUAGAAACACACUUUUUGUCCCUUUACUUCACCUACCACUCGCUCUUCACCUACCACUCGCUCUUUCUGAUGAUUUUUCAAAUGAUAGAUCAAUUAUUGCACGUCGCUUCAAUAGUGAUAACGAACGUGACAUUUAUAGUGCCUUAACAAAACUUCAACUGCAUGGAUUUCACAUCUCAAAAAAUCUCAUUAUAAUAAUUUGCUUACCUUUCAAGGCUCACAUGGUAGUCAGCCAUGUAUUGGGUACUUACUGUGACAGUCAACUUAAAUACAAAUUUCAAGUAAACAGCAUCAAGUACUUAAAUUCCAAUUGGACAUAUCAUGUUAUGCUCGGCAUAAUUUUCUACCUUGGCAAGAAGUGGAGCCAGAUCGAUUUCAGGCCAACGCUUGUAUGCAAAGAAUCUGGACUUCCAACAACUACUCAGGAAGAAUAUUAA